CCCCUCCCGUCUCCCCCGCAAAAAGUUUGAGACGCUGCCGCCGGGCUGCCAGCGGAGUUGCGCGCCGGGAUCUACGUGGGGCAGGGAAGUCAUGGCUUCUCCGUCCAAAGGCAACGACUUGUUCUCGUCCGAUGAGGAGGGCCCGGCUAUGGUGGCCGGGCCGGGCCCGGGGCCUGGGGGCGCCGAGGGGGGCGCCGAGGAGCGUCGCGUCAAGGUCUCCAGCCUGCCCUUCAGCGUGGAGGCGCUCAUGUCGGACAAGAAGCCGCCCAAGGAGGCGUCCCCGCUGCCUGCCGAAAGCGCCUCGGCAGGGGCCACCCUGAGGCCGCUGCUGCUGCCGGGACACGGCUCCCGGGAAGCGCACAGUCCCGGGCCUCUGGUCAAGCCUUUCGAGACUGCCUCAGUCAAGUCGGAAAAUUCGGAAGAUGGAGCGGCGUGGAUGCAAGAACCCGGCAGAUACUCGCCGCCACCAAGACACAUGAGUCCCACCACCUGCACCCUGAGGAAACACAAGACCAAUCGGAAGCCUCGCACACCCUUCACCACGUCCCAGCUUCUAGCGCUGGAGCGCAAAUUCCGCCAGAAACAGUACCUCUCCAUCGCAGAGCGCGCGGAGUUCUCUAGCUCUCUGAACCUCACAGAGACCCAGGUCAAAAUCUGGUUCCAGAACCGAAGGGCCAAGGCAAAAAGACUGCAGGAGGCGGAACUGGAAAAGCUGAAGAUGGCAGCCAAACCCAUGCUACCCUCGGGCUUCAGCCUCCCUUUCCCCAUCAAUGCGCCCCUGCAAGCAGCGUCCAUAUACGGAGCGUCCUACCCCUUCCAUAGACCUGUGCUUCCCAUCCCACCCGUCGGACUCUACGCCACGCCAGUGGGUUACGGCAUGUACCAUCUGUCCUAAGGAGGACCAGAUCCACGGACUCCAGGAUGGAUGGAUGUGUGUUUAAAAGGGUUCCCCUCUGUCUCAAAGAAGGCGACCGGCCCAGUCCUCCUGCACGGGACCUUUCAGGCACCGUCCAAGUGGCUAGGCCCACAGGGCCCCAAGUCAUAGUUUGAGAUUCUUCUUUAGGUGGGAGGCACCACGUCCUGUUUACGGCGCCAUAUCCUAAAUGCCCCCUUCUCCUUUCCUGAAAAUUGGCUCUGGCAGUUUUUAUGUAUAAAUAUAUAUAUAAUAAAAUAUAAGACAUUUUUAUACAGCAAACAUAAAAAUUCAAAUUAUUUGGAAAGGGAAAAUUUAUAUACAUAUGCAUUUUUCUGUAUAUCACCUUAAAGAGACUAUAAGUCCAUCUGUUGUGUUUUCUUAAAGGGGGAGACCGGUCAUUUGCAAAUCUGCAAAUUUGAUGGUCUUGAUAGGCUGAUUUGACUUCCACUUAUGGAACACAAAUGCUAGACUUAGACACCAUGCAUGUAGGAAGUAGAUAGUGGAAAACUUCUGGCAAGUGAAGGAGGUUAUAACAUGUUUGCAUUUUAUGUGCAUAAGAAAAAGCUUGAGAUGCUUCUGUAUUUGACUCUAUUUCCCUUCCUCUGCAUAUUGUCAGCUUUAUCAUUUUUUCCAUAAGAUUGAAAAGAGGGGGAUGAGAAUAAUCCUGAGACCACCCCAGGGUAAGGUAGAAAAUAGAAAUACUUCCUAACUCUCCCAGAGCUGUGCUAUUUAACUCCAUUUCAGGUCAUCAGAGAGCAAAAAGUUAAAGGGUGUCAGAAGGAAUCGAUGAUUUCUAUGAAAUACUAGGUAUAUAUCAAUUUGCAAAGAUGAUUUGGGGGGGUGUGGAAGUGUAGUAAUUUUCUGCUUAAAAAAGCAAAUAUUUUGUAACCAUUACCUAUAUGCUAAAUAUUCUUAAAUAAUUAGUAGAUCCAGGAAGGAAAAAAAAAUCAUACUUUCUCUAUGUUCAUAUUGUAUGUGCUAAACUUAGGAAAAUUUUAUAUACUUUUUAACUUGUUGAGGGCAGAGGGUAAAGCCAUCAUUUAACUUGCUAAAAAUGGUGUUGUCAAACAGCCCAUUUAGCGUCUUGGUGUCUCACCUGCCUGUCCAGCUCCUUCCCCCCCUACACUUCUAUCCCUUUGAAAGGGUACAUUGUACAAUUUUAUAUAUUUUAUUGAAGAGUUAU